AUGUCAUAUGAAGCUCCUCUCCGAACUAUAUUCGAGAAUUCGGCAGAACAUCUAUGCUAUGCAUUGUCUCGCGCCGUUCUCAAGGCAACCGGGCUGCCGCUGCCGCGAAAAGGGGGCUUGCCCGCCACCGGCGUUGCACAUCCAGACGACGGCGUCUGCCGCCUCAACGCUCUACGCGCCACGCUCAGCCUAUCAGUCUGGCCGCCGCCUCCAGUUCGCACUAUCGGUCGCGAAUCGCGCGCGUGCGACUGA